GUUGAAUCAUGCGAUAACCUCCGUCGGCUGCUACGAACUAUGUUGGGUGUGAUGUAAAGAAGAACACUGCUUGAAGGUAAAAUGCGUCAAGAAGAUUUCCUUUCUCCCUUACUCCUCUUUGCUUCCCAAUCUGAAGGUGUGCGCUUCACUUCGGUCGUAACCCCGCCUUGGGCGACCGCGCGCCGCCAACUAUAUGGCCGCGUUCCAACCUGACAGACUGCGUGUUCUUUGCGCUCUUGUCCUUGUCCAAGAAAAGACUUAACAAACAUGUGGCGAACACAGGACUGUUUGUCGACCUCUUCUAUCAGAAUAGGAUAGCAUCUCCAGCGUUCCGUUCCGGAGCGUUUCACGCGCGCAGAGUCGGUGGCCGCUGAAGAGGCCCUGUUCCUGCUUGCUAGGCCAUCCAGAUCCUACUCUCAUAUUCGUGCUUCAAAGCACCGGAAAUAAGGACCGAAAGUGCCUUCCGUUGAGAACGAACGAGACGUACUCCAGCAAUUAUGUCGGCCGUUCCGUCCUUAUUAAAUGAUACCGCAUCUUGCUCGGCGUCCUCCGACAUGUCGCUUAACACGAGAUGGGCAUCGGACAUCGCUGGCCAUGCGCUCUUAGAAGAUGACGGGACAGGGGCUCUCGUUGUGCCGGCUCGCGAUGACCUUGGAGGAGGUCACCACUACCUCUACAGCUGCCUGUUCCACAUCCUCGACUGCCACACCGCUUUCGACAAUGCGCAAGACUGGCGAACGCACCUCCUCAGUCACUUUCGCACUCAUGCCCCUCCCCCGACGGUCCGCUGCCCCUUGUGCCCCGGGGAAAGGUUCCACGACACCGCUGAGCUGGGAGCCUGGGACGCCAUGCUCGACCACGUGGAUACGGCCCACUAUCAGCAGGGCCAGUCCCUCGCCGGCAGCCGACCCGACUUCGAGCUGAUGCAGUACCUCUACGGACUGCGCAUCAUCAGCGUCGACCAGUUCAAAGUCAUGCAGCUGCCGCCGCCGCCAUCGAGUCCGGCUUACCAUCAGUCGCACGACUCGGUCCGGGCAAAUAUCGGCUCGUCGGACGAGCCCUACUGCGCGCCGUAUAGUCGACGACGAGAAGAACGAAUGCGGGACCAGCAUCGAGGGGUUAGUGUGGUUUGAAUUUCGAUGCGGAGCAGUGGGUUGGUUGAUAAUGCGACUGACUGGCGAAAACAUGAUCAUGGUCUUCUCUUUUUAUGUGAUCUUCUUGGCAGGUCUACACGGUUAUUGCUUUUCUUGUCGGCCUUUCAUCCAUACUCUUUCUUGGCUAUCUCCGUCAUAUUUUAUUUGCUGUGCCUUGUGGUCUUUCGAUACAAGGGGUUUUCGGACAGUUCAUUGAAGG